AUGCUCAUGGGGAACUGCCUGCUGCUGUUCCUCUGGUGCGUCUUAGACAAAAGCUUUGUGUCUCCCCUGCCCUCCUCAUCCCAGAACAGGAUGAGGAAGGAGCACCACAGGAAUCUGAUGUCACAUAGGAAACAUGGCAUUUUUGAAGCUCACAGAGUCAAGAGAGGAUGGGUGUGGAAUCAGUUCUUUGUCCUGGAAGAAUACAUGGGAUCUGAUCCACAGUAUGUUGGAAAGCUUCACUCUGACCUGGAUAAGGGGGAUAAUAUGCUAAAGUACACACUGUCAGGUGAAGGAGUGGGCUCUAUUUUCGCCAUUGAGCCAAGCACUGGAGACAUCCAUGCCUUGAGGAGCCUGGACAGAGAGGAGAAGCCUUAUUACACAAUGAGAGCACAGGCUGUGGACAUGCUCACAGGCAGACCCUUAGAGCCAGACACUGAGUUUAUUAUCAAAGUACAGGACAUCAAUGACAAUGAGCCAAGGUUCCUGGAGGGCCCGUACUCAGCCAGCAUCCCUGAGAUGUCACCUGUUGGCACAUACGUGACACAAAUAAUCGCAACUGACGCUGAUGACCCUACUUAUGGAAACAGUGCACGGAUUGUGUACAGCAUCCUACAUGGACAGCCCUACUUCUCAGUUGAGCCCAAAACCGGAGUGAUAAGAGUUGCCUUAUCCAAUAUGGACAGGGAGGUUAAAGAAAGGUACCAGGUGGUCAUACAGGCUAAGGACAUGGGCGGUCAGCUCGGGGGCUUAGCUGGGAUGACAACGAUCAAUAUUACUCUCUGUGAUGUCAACGACAACCCACCACGUUUUUCCAAAAGUAUCUUUCACCUGCGAGUUCCUGAGUCUUCACCGGUGGGCUCAUCAGUGGGGAGGGUCAAAGCUCAUGAUCUGGACUUUGGGAAAAAUGCUGAUGUGGAAUACAUCAUUGUUCCUGGUGCAGGGGGCUCCAUGUUCGAUAUUUACAGCAAUAAGCACACUCAAGAGGGAACAGUAGUACUGAAAAAGCACCUAGACUACGAGACCAGGAACGCUUACACCUUUAAAAUUGAAGCUUCAAACGCAGUUCUUGAUCAUCGCUUCCUACAUUUGGGACCUUUUAAAGACACUGCCACAGUGAAAGUGAAUGUUCUGGAUGUUGAGGAACCUCCUGUCUUCAGCCGAAAGUCUUACAGCAUGGAGACAUAUGAGGACACACCAGUAGGCAUGCUAAUCGGAGCAGUCACAGCUGAGGACCUAGAUGUAGGCAAUAGUCCUGUUAGGUACUCUAUUGAGUGGAGAAAGGAUUCUGAAAACCAUUUUGACAUUGACUCUAUUGAAGGAACUCUAUCUGUCAGUGAAGCCCUGGACAGAGAGAGAAUUGCUGAACACAACAUAACUGUUGUUGCAACAAAAGUUAACAACCCCCUGCUGUCCAGCAAAGUUACUGUCACAAUCAAGGUGCUUGAUGUCAAUGAGUACCCUCCAGAGCUUGCCUUUUUAUACAAGACGUUUGUUUGUGAAAAUACAAAAGUAGGGCGGGUGAUUCAGAUUAUCAGUGCCACAGACAGAGACAUACCCGCUGUUGAACACCAAUUCUACUUCAAAUACCCUUCAGACAUCAGAAACAGAAACUUCACAAUCAGGGAUUUUGGAAACAACACAGCUGGAGUGGUGACCAGGCGAGGAGGGUUUCGGAGACUAGAGCAGAAUAUGUAUCUUGUGCCAGUAGUGGUUAAGGAUGGUGGGUACCCAAUCCAAAGCAGCACAGGGACAGUGUUUGUGCAGGUGUGUACCUGCGACACCAAUGGCUCCCUACUUUCCUGCAAUGUGGAAGUAGACUUCUUUCCCAUGGGACUCAGCACUGGAGCUCUGAUGGCCAUAUUGCUGUGCAUUAUCAUUCUGAUGGUGAUGGUGAUGCUCUAUAUAGGACUGAGAAGACACAAGAAGGACACUCUGAUGUUGUCCAAAGAGGAUGUUCGGGACAGUGUUAUCCACUACCAUGAUGAGGGGGGCGGGGAGGAGGACACCCAGGCUUUUGACAUAGGUAUAUUACGCAAUCCCAAAGGUUUCAAAGAGACUGCGCAGCUGCAAAUAAUAAGAUCAGAGGAUCAGACUGAUGCACACAUGGAGGACAGUGAGGACAUCCAAUCUUACAUCCAUCAUUGUCUUCUAGAGAAUCAAAUAAGUAACUCAACACCUUUAUAUGACUCUCUAGUCACAUAUGCAUAUGAAGGAGAGGGCUCAGUUGCAGAUUCCCUCAGUUCCACUGAGUCCUGGGUGCUUAAUUCCAAGGAGGAUUACAGAAGCAUCUAUGACUGGGGGCCUCGUUUCAAAACACUGGCUGGGAUAUUUAAAGAGCAGGAGUCUAAGGCAACAGAGAACUCAGAAACUAAACCAUAGACUGAGGCACUAAAUGAGACACUGGACUUAUAGCAUUUGCAGGAGCUCUGUGAAAAAUACAACAUAUAUUAAUUUCAGGCAUGCCUCUUCAAUCAAGAAGUAUUCCUAUGGCUAGGGAAAGCCUAUGCCCCUUUCCUAUACCUCAUGCAUAUUUUACACUCUUCCAUUCAUUAAUUGAUUGAAAGUUGUGAAAGGUCGGUUUUAUAUUUCUUAGAGUCAAAGAACCAACAAAUCUCUUUUGGGGAU